GAAUCUCGGCUGCUUUCAGUUCUGCAUCGAUUAUUAAUUAUAAUAUUUCUAUCUGAUGAAGAUGAGGGUGACCAGCUCGCUGUAUGUGGGCGAUCUGGAGCCGGACGUGAAUGAAGCCAUGCUGUUCGAGCGCUUCGGAUCUGUCGGUUCGGUUCAGUCAGUUCGAGUCUGUCGAGAUAAAGUCACGUGCCGCUCGCUCGGAUACGCCUAUGUGAACUUCGAGGAAACAACUGAUGCCGAACGAGCCUUGGAUACCAUGAACUUUGACCUCAUGCAGGGCAAGCCAAUGCGUCUAAUGUGGUGUCAGCGAAACCCUUCCCUGAGGAAGAGUGGCGUGGGAAACGUCUUCAUCAAGAACCUGCAGAAAUCCAUUGACAGCGAGGGCCUGUUUGACAUCUUCUCGUCAUUUGGAAACAUCUUGUCCUGUAAAGUGUCUUGCGAUGAAAACGGAUCGAAGGGCUUUGGAUAUGUGCACUUUGAGACGCGUGAAGCUGCUGAAAAAGCCAUCGAGAAAUUAAACGGCAUGUUGAUCAACGAGCUGAAAGUGUUCGUCGGCCACUUCAAAUCGCAAAAGGAGCGCGAGGCUGAAAUGCAGGAGAGAGCAAAAGAGUUCACAAACAUUUACAUCAAGAACUUUGGAGCUGAUGUGGAUUCCAAGACACUGACUGAGAUAUUCAGCAAAUUCGGCCCAACCUUGAGCGUCCGGGUCAUGACGGAUGAGAGGGGAAACUCUCGAGGGUUUGGUUUUGUCAGCUUUGAGAAACACAAUGAUGCCAAGCAGGCCGUGGACGAGUUGAACAGGACGGAGCUGAACGGCAGACACAUGUACGUGGGCCGAGCUCAGAAGAGAAGAGAACGUCAGGUGGAACUGAAGCGACGCUUUGAGCAGUUAAAACAGGAGCACAUCAUGCGCUAUCAGGGAGUGAAUCUGUACAUCAAGAACCUGAGCGACAGCGUAGACAGCGAUCUUCUCCUCAAAGAGUUCUCGCCAUACGGGAACAUCACCAGCGCUAAGGUGAUGACAGACGGCGGCCGCAGUCAAGGCUUCGGGUUCGUUUGCUUCUCCUGUCCUGAGGAGGCCACCAGAGCCAUUACUGAGAUGAACUGCCGCAUCAUCGACUCCAAGCCCAUAUACGUCUCUCUCGCCCAGAGGAAGAAGGAGCGGCAGGCCCACCUCAUCCACCAAUACAUGAUGAGAAGGGCAAGCUUCCAUAGACAGCAGCUGCAGCCGUUCGACACCAAUCCACACGCUGAGCACUUCUUACCCUCACAGGUCGAGAUUCACAUCAAAUACUCUCAUCGUAAUAGUGUGGAGAAAAGCACAUGUGACGGGCUUUAUUACAUGCUUGAUCCGUAUGUUUCACAGGAUCAGAAUCACUCUUCAUACCACAUCACCCAACCUCAACCCGGCACUCAGUGGGACGCACAGAACAUCAGCCCUCAGUCCAGUCUCACUCACUGGACGCCCAGCACAGCUGCAGUGAACGGAGAACUGCAACACACGUACACACCUGUAGAUAACAACCAUCACGAGUUCACAAGCGCACCGCAGGAGCAAUGGGCUGUGCAACAGGUCCAGGAGUCUCUGACCAUGUCCAGCUCCCCGGAAAACCUCAAACAGAUUCUGAUUCACAGCCUCUUCCCACUCGUCCAGGACAUGGUAGGGCCCUUGGCGAAUACGAUCACUGAAAUGCUGUUAGAGAUUGAUGAAUCUGAACUGAUUCAGUUGCUGCACUGCUAUGAAUCUUUGUGCAUGAAGGUGAAUGAAGCACUUGCUGUUUAUCAAUCUUAUCAGCCAAUGGACGCGACACCGAUGUCCUUCACCAGCCCUGUUAUUCUCACUGCCUGAGACAGAUAUCAAUGCAAUGACCACAGCGUGUUUAUUCAUUUUAAAAAUGAAUCUGCAUUUAAAUUUUUGUAAUGUUUCUUUUAAUAAAUUUAACAAUUUAAUGUCAAUUAAAAAAUAUUGUUCUGCAACAAUAUAAAUAAAUAUAUUUGCAUUUCUUUCAAUGUCAAUUAAAAAAUGUGUCAUGCA